AUGAGUGGGUCACCUCCCGGGGAAGAUACCGCCCUGUUGGGCUCCAUCAGCGAAGAAAACGAAUGUGAUGUUGGCUUGGAAAGGGAAUAUCACGAACACAACUUGGCGCUGCCCAAAAUCCCUAUCCUAGUUUCGUUGUGGCUAGGGUCCUUCUUGGUGGCACUCGAUGGGACAAUCGUUGCCAACGUCAUGAACAGAAUCGCCGAAGAAUUCCAAGAGUCCGAUAAGAAGCAGUGGAUCGCUACGAGUUUCCUUCUCACGAACACGGCCUUCCAGCCGUUGUACGGAAAGCUCUCGGAUGUUGCCACGGGACGGAAGCUGGCGACCUUGAUAGCCCAGUUCUUCUUUUUCCUGGGGCUUAUCAUCUCAUGCUUUGCGCAGAACGUGACGCAGUUCGCCAUAGGCAGAGCAGUCUGCGGCAUUGGUGGCGGCGGAGUUAGUGCUAUGAGCAGCAUAGCAGUGAGUGACAUCUGCACAGCAAAGGAGCGCGGUAUGUACCAGGGUUACGCCAACAUUGUUUUCGGUUCAGGGCAACUUCUGGGUGCACCCCUCGGUGGGCUCUUGAUUACCACAAUUGGAUGGAGAGCGAUAUUCGCUAUUCAGGUUCCAAUGGCUCUCUUUUGCAUGUUCUUGACAGGCCGCAACGUCAAUAUCAAACUCGCUCACUUGCCAUCACGCAACGAACGCUUUACUCUCAAAAACUUGUCAAGAUUAGAUUUGCUGGGCUCCUGCACUUUGGUGCUAUCUAUAAGUGGGCUUUUGUUUUUGUUUUCUACCAGCAUGAACAGGACCUGGAUAUCAGCGUUCACCAUUGUUACUUUCGCAAUAUUCAUUUACAAUGAGAGAUUCUGGGCCAAGGAGCGCAUUAUUCCUUUUGAUUUGUUAUGCGGCACGUCAGGUAUCACUUCCUUACUGACCGUGUUAUCGUCAUUUAUUAUGUUUGGGGAUGUCUUUAGGUCGCCAAUUUACCUACAAAUUGUACAGAAUGUAUCGCUGGCGAAGAGCGGUAUAUUUAUCUUAUUUGGAUCCGUCGCUUGUGCAGCUACUUCUGUAUUGACGGGAUGGAUUAUUCGACGCACGACUAUGGAUCUUGUCAAGUGCACAUACCUUAUAGUACUAGUCAUGAUCUUCCUGCAGCUCGUCGGUACAGCUUCGAAUGCCAUUCUGAUUGCAAACCUAAUUCCUAACAACACGACUUACGCUGACAAAGAUGUCGCCAUCAAGGUGGCCCUAAGCGCCAAAGGAUUUACCUGGAAAGUUGUUUAUGUCUUUUCAACAGUCUUGAAUUCUUUUGGCUACGGUGGUGUUCUUGUUGCAGUGCUUGUUAGUAUUGUGUUUACGGUGCCAAAGUCUCAGCAGGCCACGCUCACGGGUGUCUUUUACUUGUGGCGGUCGAUAGGCAAUGUGUUGGGAACAUCGAUCACGCUAGCGCUGUAUGAUUUGAUACUGAAAUCCAAACUGCGGGUUUUUAUGGAAGCUCACGGACUCUCUAAGUCUUAUUCGAAACUCGUGCGUGAUUCCGGAUAUCUUAGAAACCAUUUUUCAGGGGAGACUCUUGCCGAGCUACUUGGCGUUUACAAUGAGUCUUUCCUUUGGUCUUUCGGGCCUAACAUCGUGGUCGGCCUCGUCGCAGUCAUACUGGCUUAUGUAUUGGUUCGGAAGUAUCGCCCUCUUGAGCAGCAAGGUGUUCAUUUGGCAGCAGGUGAGCGAUCGGAUGCUUGCAAACAUUAA